UCUAAUCAAAACUCAAUAACAGCUUUAGUUAAAAAAUUCAAAGCAUGUUAAAUUAAUAAAGGCAGAUUAUAAUUUAAUUGUGAAGAAUAAUACAAAUUGUCUUGUGCAAAUAUCUUGUGUCAAUCAGUUUUCAUCAUCAAAGGGAGACAACAAAGUCAGAUAUGAAAUACCUGCUUAAGAGAGUUAUCUUCUUCAGAGUUAAAAAUAAAUCCAGCAAACCCAAUACUUUAAUUGUUGUUAGCAACUGGGAAAUUCCUGAAGUGUUUUGUUUUGCUUUUCAAAUAUUGAAAAUCUAGUGACUUCAUGAUCUUAAAUCAUCUACAGAAGUUAUACAAAAAGAAUGUAUCAAGUACCAAAUUACACCCCGACUGUGUCAAUGAAACUAUCAGAGGUUCUGGCUGAUAUAGGUGUUGAUGAGAGAAUACUGAUGAAAACGAGAAGAGCAUGGCUUCUGAGUGAAUCAAUAAUAAAUAUAAAUUUCCAACUACUUGAUAAAGAUUUUUUUGUAAGAUACUUCUUUGGGAGUCAAUCAGAAGGAACAACUACAAAUGGAAUGAAUUCAGACAUGGAUCAACUUAUUUGUAGCAAAUUACUCCCUGUGAUACUAGACUUGAGUGACUGGAUACCUGGUGUAUUAAAUCUUUUGAUGAUUCAAGAUAAUUCUGUAUCUCCUGGAUAUUGUUUACUUCAAUGUCUGAGAGAUGAUGCUCCUCUUCAGUUUGAUGACGAUGAAUCUGAUCAAUUCUUCUUCAAGGACAAAACAGGAAAAUUACUUGUAAAGAAUUCCGUAUUAACUUGUAAAAAAAUGUUGGGUUUUGAAUUACAUGGGCCAUCAUAUGCAAAGCAAGGAAGUCAACCAGGCGACUGCGAUUAUGAUAAUGUGGUUGCUCUUCAUUGCACAACAUUGCCCCAACAAGCAAGACAAUGGUUGGAUCAACAAGGUGAAGGUCAAUGGCCGUCUGCUGAAAUGAAACAAUAUUGCAGCAGAACUGGAUGCUUUGUUGUUGGUGUUGGAUGUUUAGGCAGUGAACAUGAGCAACUUGAAUGGAGAAUAUCAACAUCUUUAGCAGAAAGGUGUUUAAUGUUCAACCUGAAUAUUACACAGAUUCGCUGUUAUAUCUUAAUGAAAAUGAUUUUAAAAACAUUAAUUAAUCCAUCGUUUAAUGAUGUUAUUUCAAGUUUUAUGUGUAAAUCUGUUCUCUUCAACUGUGUUACCAAAACAGCUUUAUACUUCUGGAGAGAAAAUAACUUACUUAAUUGUCUAUCACUAUGUUUAUAUCUCCUGUACAACAAUAUCAUUAAUGAAAAUUGUCCACAUUUUCUCAUACCUGAGAACAAUUUGAUGAAGGGAAAAAUUUCACCUGCAGUCAAGCCACAUAUCCUGAAAAUACUCAAAAAUAUCAUCAACAGUGAAGGAGUGGCACUACUUGGGAUUAAAUGUGAUAAUCUUGGUUCCAGGCUUCGUCUCAAGUUUUAUAACAUCUGUCCAAUCAAAACAAGUUACCGUACUUCAGCAUGGCAAUUAUUAAAUUUGGCUUUACGUAUAUCUGAUACACGGAAAAAAACGGAUAAUCAUCUUCAAGGAAGUAGUACUGAUGAUGAAACUGUAGAAAUAUUAAAAAACUAUGUAUCGAAGACAUUCAACUUUCAAUAUGGAGGAUUGGAUAAGACAGCCAGUCUUCUUUUGCUCCCAUGGUAUUGUACAACACUUGGAUCUGUCCUGGCUUCCAUCGACAUAAAUCAAUAUAAAACUGUAUCAGCAGAUGCCCUCAAACUCAUCUCACUUGGUCUGAAUACAGAUGUUGCAUCAAGUAAACUGAAACUAGCUUCAAUCUUAUACUGUAUUCAAGAAAUACAAAAAGCUGACUUGGUUCUCAGAGAGACUGAAAGAAGAUAUGAUCUACAAAUUGUUGAGCCUGUCUGUAGUUGUUAUGAUAUUGAGGUUUCCCCAUUGAGGUAUGGUUUCACUGAAUUAUGUUGCAAUCAUAAUGAAGAAGUCUUACAGUAUAUAACAGCAUCAUGUGUUAAAUUUAUGCCAUGUGAAAUUCACUGUGUACCAAAUGAACUCAGAUAUGAAAUGUUUAGAUCUACACAACUGGACAGACUGCUUCGUACAGAAAGAGACAACGACUGGAUGGAUUGUGCUGUAGUGGAUUCCCUGCCUUACCUCUACUUUCUACAAUACAAAGUUUACUGCCAUCUUGGAAGACAUGACCAGAAACAAGCCGCUCUCUUCGAACUAAUCAGAACCAUAAAAGAGGAAGCAAACCUUGGUCAUCGGGAAACAGCUCUAAAUAUUCUAGGAAAGUGCAUGGAACAAGAACGUAGAGCUAGAUAUGCUCUACAUUAUUAUUAUAUGUCACUUAAUUUAAGAAGGAGAAACAAUGCUGCAAAGAUUCAUAUUUGUAUACUACUCUCUGCAUUGAUAAAUUCAAGGACAUAAAAGGUGCAACAAAAAUGUAGAAUCUAUUGAACACCUCUUUUGACAAUGUUCUUACACGCAACUUUUUUGGAGGGAUUUAAUAGAGUAUUUCAAAAGAAGAAAUAUUAUUAUAGAAAUUAAUUUGAAAACAAUAUCUCAUUUAAUUACAAGCACAGAUACACAAAAAGAUGCAAAAAACUUUAUUCUUUUGGUGGCAAAAUAUUACAUAUAUAGUUGCAAAAUUGGAAAACGCACACCACAAUUUAACUUAUUUUUACAUUAUUUUCGGAGCAGACUAUGUAUUGAAAAAUGUAUUGCAUUUAAUCGAGAUAAACUGGAAACUCAUUUUCAAAAAUGGAAUAGA